CCGGGGUCUUGUCAUUACCGGCCGUCGUCUUCCCCCGCUGAGAUCCCUGAAUCUCUUCAGCGAAAACAAUCAUUGCACCCGCGGUCAACUCUCACCAAUUAGAAAGUUCACCCUCUCGCAGAUAUCCAACCCUUCCAAUCUGCAUAGAUGGCAGAGUCACUUGCCGGGCAAGACAUCACCGAUCAUAAUGUUCUCAAGACUUAUUUACUACAGGCCUUAGCAAAUGCGUCUGAAAAUUCAAACCCUUAUUUUACUACUGCACUCCACGUUCACAACCUUAUGGAUCAGCGGGCUCCCCUAACUGCGGUCUCUAUCGUCGACGAGAGUGGGCCUCUUCCGACUUGGGUAGUUGUAUUACCCAGUGUUUUCCUCGUCUUAUUCCUCACGUAA